UUUAAAGUCAUAAUUUCGAUUUGAUCGCUCGUUCAAAGCAGAUCCGUCCUCGUGCUUGUUGGAUGUUUGAUCAGAUUUUUCACUGCGGACUCUGUUUUGAUUAAGUCAAUGGUUUUUCUACGCCGUGAACUUGUUUUUCUACUUCUAUUAGUUUGGAAGUUUUACGCGCUCAUUCUGGAGGAGCAGGAGCAUCUAGUCGGAAUGUUCACUUUCACACUUGGACUGUUGUGUUUGGUCAGCGGAUGCGCGGCGCGCACUCAGGAUGCCACAGGUAGCCGCUUCGUGUGCAACGCCAUCCCCCCGGGCGCAGAGCCGGGCUGUGGGUAUGGUCUCGGAGUGAACCGCGUUCAGGGCAGCAGCCCCGUGGAGGACGAGUUGCGGAACACGAUCAUCCAGCUCCGGGAAACCAUUCUGCAGCAGAAAGAGACCAUCGUCAACCAGCAGGGAACCAUCAAGGAGCUCAACAGCAAGCUGGCGCGCUGCGAGGCGGCCGCGGACGAGACUACGCAGGUCAAAUCCCGAGGUCAGGGCUCCAGACGGAAGGAGUACGGCAAGAAUACCAUGGGCGAUCUGCCCCGGGACCCCAGCGACACUAUAGACCAGCUGGGAAAGACAAUGCAGAGUCUCAAGGGUCGGUUGGAGAACCUGGAGCAGCAGAGCCUGCGUCUGCCCAGCGCCAACAGUUCAGCCGGGGCGGCCUCGGCUCUGACUCCCCUGCCGCCAGAGCUGCGUGAGCUUCUGCGCCAGCGUCUGGGGGCGCUAGAGAGCCAGCUCCUCCGGAAGGUGGCCGAGCUGGAGGAAGAGAAGAGCCAGCUUUACAAUGAAACAGCAGCCCACCGCCAACGCACCGAAAGCGCCCUCAACUCCCUGAUGGAGAGGAUCACAGAGCUUGAGAAGAGUAAUAACGCAUUCAAAUCACCUGAGGAUUUUAAGGUGUCUCUCCCUCUGCGCACCAACUACUUAUAUGGGCGGAUUAAGAAGAGUGUCCCAGAAAUGUACGCCUUCACCGUGUGCAUGUGGCUCAAGUCCAGCGCUAGCCCUGGCAUCGGAACACCAUUCUCGUACGGCGUCCCUGGCCAAGCCAAUGAGAUAGUCCUCAUCGAAUGGGGGACCAACCCCAUUGAGCUACUAGUUAAUGAUAAGGUGGCCCAGCUUCCUCUGUCCGUGAGCGACAGUCGAUGGCACCAUAUCUGCAUCACCUGGACAACCAGAGACGGCUUCUGGGAGGCGUACCAGGAUGGCGAGCGUCUCGGCACUGGGGACAACCUGGCCCCUUGGCACCCAAUUAAACCCGGUGGGGUGAUCAUCCUGGGCCAGGAGCAGGACAUAGUUGGAGGUCGCUUUGAUGCCACGCAGGCCUUUGUAGGCGAGCUGAGCCAGUUCAACAUGUGGGACAGAGUGCUGCGACCUGUGGACAUCGUGGGCCUAGCCAACUGUUCGGCUUACAUGCCUGGAAACGUAGUUCCUUGGAUCGACGCUAACGUUGAAGUGUUUGGCGGCGCCAGUAAAGCUGCACUGGAGAUUUGUGAAGAUCGUGCAUUUGAUUCCUAAAGGACGUGAUUGAAGGUGACCAGUAAUACAGUCACUGGGAUCAAGAAGCUGUUCCACUGUUGCUUCUAUCAAAUCCCAAAGAAAGCAUUACCACUGCACCAUUAUGACAUAUCUAUAAGGCCUGAGUACAUUUUCUGGAAGACCCCAUGUUUAGUGGACUCAAAGUCAACGCUUUGCACAUCAUUUGAUUUUGAUCCUCAAACCACUACGGG